AAAGAAAAAAUUAAAGAUGUGAGGGGCAUUUAUCAAUUUGUAAGCCCGAAAUCCAAUAGCCACUCCGGAUCGGCAGACUUCUCUCAUCAUCCAUAUUAUAUCUGUCCAGAUCCGCAGAUGAAGCGCCCUCAUGCUCCCGGUAUCCGCGACGGCGCCGAUCCAGCCCGGAUCGGCGAUUCCAAGAAGGCGAAGGCGGCGAAUUCGAUGGAGGGCGACGAGAUAGAGUGUGGCCGCGCGUUAGCCUCGGCGGCGAUGAUUGCGGCCGAUUACGUGCUAUCGGAUGUGAAUCUACUGUGGGAGGUGCUGAAGCGCGUGGACGGGCGUACCCUAGCGUCGGCGGCGUGCGUUAGCCGGAUGUGGAAACGGGCAGCGGAAGACGAGCGGCUGUGGGAGGUGAUGUGCCUCAAGGACGGCGGCACCGGCAGUCUGCAGCAGCGGCACCUCUCCAACGUGGUCUUUGCUCUUGGCGGCUUCCGCCGCCUCUACUCCCUCCAUCUGUGGCCGCUCGUUAAACCACCGUCUCCGUCAGCGCCACCCUGUGCCUGGCCUUCAUUGCCCCCACCACCAAAGCUUUCUCCGACCGAAUCGCCCGCCGGGAAGAGAAGGUGGGGAAAAGACGAGAUGAAUUUGUCGCUGUCACUCCUGUCGAUCCGGCAUUUCAAGAAGAUGGAUUUCAAUGAUCGCAGCAAACAAACAUGAUGAAUUUCAUUGAAAUCUGGGUGUUUUAUCUUUCAAUUGUAUUUGAAAUUAAUCGAUCUGUAUGUGAUUGUAUCAAAUAAUCAAAGCAUCAGAUCAGAGAUCUGUAAUGCGUGUAUGUUUUUUAGCUGAAUUCUUAUGAUUCCAAGAAUCUCGUGUAAUUUGUAAACAAUUGGAGUUUGAGUUAUUUCAAGAAUUGAUCUCUUUUUCUGGCUUGGAGGAAUUCACAAGCUGUCCUUGCUAGAAGAGGCAAUAUUAGCAAAGAGAAUUGAAGACAACCUUCCUUCAUAAUUAAAGGGUUCUCUUCAACUUAUGAUGAGAAGUUUUAAUGAAGAAUUUCAAUAAAU